AUCUGCGUCGUCGCGCCGAGAGCCGCGUCCGCGGCGGGCAGCCAGGGCUCGUGGCCCCGGCGGCGGAAGAAGCUGGGAUGUGACCCCCACUUCCCCCGCCUUCUAGUCCGACUGCCCAGUGCCCUCCCUGGUCCCCCACUGGACGGCGGCGCUCGCCAGGACCUCCGCCGGGGACAGGAGCGGCCACCGGGGCGCACAGCCCAGCAGAAGUUGGGCUGCGCCGAGCAGCUGUGGUCCCGCGGCGCCAGGGCAGGGGGCGGACCGGGGACCCGGAGGGGACGGCUGGACUAGGCGCACCUGCAGCAGAGGGGGCCGGAGUUCGCGCUCUGGCCGCGCCGGCCCCCGAGCGCCGGGCAGCCGCGGGAGCCAUGCGGAGCCCGCUCCCGGGCCGCCACCACCACCACCGCGGCGGCAGCAGCAGCAGCCUCGGCGUCGGCACCGGCACCGGCGGGACAGCGACAGCGGGGGCGGCGCAGGCGCACUGUGCCCCGCGGAGCCUGCAGCUCCCGAGCCCCGUGUGCGGCACCGCCACAGUCCGGGCAGCGGCGGCCGGGGGAGCGCUACUACCAUGAACUGCCUGGUCCUGCACCCCAGAGCUGCUCAUCCGGGUCGGGCUGGAGACACAGUCAGGGGACCCCGCCGCCGCCGCCGCGCCCCCUCUGCUUUCGGCUCGGUCUCCUCCUCCUCUUCCUCCUCUUCCUCCUCUUCCUGCAUCCCCCCCUCCCCCGCCGCGGAUCCUGGCCGCCCCUCUCCAGACCCAGGAUGCCGGGGGGCAAGAGAGGGUUGGUGGCACCGCAGAACACGUUUUUGGAGAACAUUGUCCGGCGCUCCAGCGAAUCGAGUUUCUUACUGGGCAAUGCGCAGAUUGUGGACUGGCCUGUAGUUUAUAGCAAUGACGGUUUUUGUAAACUCUCUGGCUAUCACCGUGCCGACGUCAUGCAGAAAAGCAGCACUUGCAGUUUUAUGUAUGGGGAACUGACUGACAAGAAGACUGUUGAGAAAGUCAGGAAAACCUUUGACAACUACGAGUCAAACUGUUUUGAAGUUCUUCUGUACAAAAAAAACAGAACCCCUGUUUGGUUUUAUAUGCAAAUUGCACCAAUAAGAAAUGAACAUGAAAAAGUGGUAUUGUUCCUGUGCACUUUCAAGGACAUUACAUUGUUCAAACAGCCAAUAGAGGAUGAUUCAACAAAAGGUUGGACAAAAUUUGCCCGAUUGACACGGGCUUUGACAAAUAGUCGGAGUGUUUUGCAGCAACUCACGCCAAUGAAUAAAACAGAGGUGGUCCACAAGCAUUCAAGAUUAGCUGAAGUUCUUCAGCUGGGCUCAGACAUCCUUCCUCAGUAUAAACAAGAAGCGCCAAAGACGCCACCGCACAUCAUUUUACACUACUGUGCUUUUAAAACCACUUGGGACUGGGUGAUUUUAAUUCUUACCUUUUACACCGCCAUCAUGGUUCCUUACAACGUUUCUUUCAAAACGAAGCAGAACAACAUAGCCUGGCUGGUGCUGGACAGCGUGGUGGACGUGAUUUUCCUGGUUGACAUUGUUUUAAAUUUUCACACGACUUUUGUGGGGCCUGGAGGAGAGGUCAUUUCUGACCCCAAACUCAUAAGGAUGAACUAUCUGAAAACGUGGUUUGUGAUCGAUCUGCUCUCCUGUUUACCUUAUGACAUCAUCAAUGCCUUCGAAAAUGUAGAUGAGGGAAUCAGCAGUCUGUUCAGUUCUUUAAAAGUGGUGCGUCUCUUACGACUGGGCCGUGUGGCUCGGAAGCUGGACCAUUACCUAGAAUACGGAGCCGCGGUCCUCGUGCUGUUGGUGUGCGUGUUUGGACUGGUGGCCCACUGGCUGGCCUGCAUCUGGUACAGCAUUGGAGACUAUGAGGUCAUCGAUGAAGUCACCAACACCAUCCAGAUCGAUAGCUGGCUGUACCAGCUGGCCUUGAGCAUUGGGACUCCCUAUCGGUACAACAGCAGUGCGGGAAUAUGGGAAGGAGGACCCAGCAAGGACUCGCUGUAUGUGUCCUCACUCUACUUUACCAUGACAAGCCUUACAACCAUAGGAUUUGGAAACAUCGCUCCUACCACAGAUGUGGAGAAGAUGUUCUCAGUGGCAAUGAUGAUGGUUGGCUCUCUUCUUUAUGCAACUAUAUUUGGAAAUGUUACCACAAUUUUCCAGCAGAUGUAUGCCAACACCAACCGAUACCAUGAGAUGCUGAAUAACGUCCGGGACUUCCUGAAACUCUAUCAGGUCCCCAAGGGCCUCAGUGAGCGCGUGAUGGAUUAUAUUGUCUCGACAUGGUCCAUGUCAAAAGGCAUCGACACUGAGAAGGUCCUCUCCAUCUGUCCCAAGGACAUGAGAGCGGAUAUCUGUGUCCACCUGAACAGGAAGGUCUUCAAUGAGCACCCUGCAUUCCGACUGGCCAGCGACGGGUGUCUGCGUGCCCUGGCGGUGGAGUUCCAGACCAUCCACUGUGCUCCCGGCGAUCUCAUUUACCACGCCGGGGAAAGCGUGGACGCCCUGUGCUUCGUCGUGUCUGGAUCCUUGGAAGUCAUCCAGGAUGACGAGGUGGUGGCUAUUUUAGGGAAAGGCGAUGUGUUUGGAGACAUCUUCUGGAAGGAAACCACCCUUGCUCAUGCCUGUGCCAAUGUUCGGGCGCUGACAUACUGCGACCUGCACAUCAUCAAGCGGGAAGCCUUGCUGAAAGUGCUGGACUUCUACACGGCGUUUGCAAACUCGUUCUCAAGGAAUCUCACUCUCACUUGCAAUCUACGGAAGCGGAUCAUCUUCCGCAAGAUCAGCGACGUGAAGAAGGAGGAGGAGGAGCGCCUCAGGCAGAAGAACGAGGUGACGCUCAGCAUCCCCGUGGACCACCCGGUGAGAAAACUCUUCCAGAAGUUCAAGCAGCAGAAGGAGCUGCGGAACCAGGGCUGCACGCAGAGCGACCCCGAGCGGAGCCAGCUGCAGGUGGAGAGCCGCUCCCUGCAGAACGGAGCCCCCAUGACAGGCACCAGCGUGGUGACCGUGUCCCAGAUCACGCCCAUCCAGACGUCCCUGGCCUACGUGAAGGCCAGCGAGUCCCUCAAGCAGAACAACCGAGACGCCAUGGAGCUCAAGCCCAACGGCGGGGCUGACCCCAAGUGUCUCAAAGUCAACAGCCCCAUUCGGAUGAAGAACGGAAACGGGAAAGGGUGGCUCCGGCUCAAGAACAACGUGGGCGCCCACGAGGAGAAAAAGGAAGACUGGAAUAACGUCACCAAAGCCGAGUCCAUGGGGCUGCUGUCGGAGGACCCCAAGGGCAGCGAUUCCGAAAACAGUGUGACCAAAAACCCGCUGAGGAAAACGGACUCCUGUGACAGUGGAAUUACAAAAAGUGACCUUCGUUUGGAUAAGGCUGGCGAGGCCCGCAGCCCCCUGGAGCACAGCCCCGUCCAGGCCGAAGGCAAGCACCCCUUCUACCCCAUCCCCGAGCAGGCCUUACAGACCACACUGCAGGAGGUCAAGCUGGAGCUGAAGGAGGACAUCCAGCUGCUGAGCUGCAGAAUGACUGCCCUGGAGAAGCAGGUGGCAGAGAUUUUAAAAAUACUGUCCGAGAAAGGCGGGCCCCACGCCUCGUCUCCCAGAUCCCAGAUGCCGCUCCAAGUACCUCCCCCGAUUCCGUGUCAGGAUAUUUUCAGUGUCUCAAGGCCUGACUCGCCCGAAUCCGACAAAGAUGAAAUCCACUUUUAAUAUAGAUAUAUAUAAAUAUAUAUACACAUCUAUAUUUGUUAAUAUAUUGAAGCAGUAUAUACAUCUAUAUACAUAUGUGUGUAUAUACAGUAUAUAUAUAUAUAUAUUUUCACUUGCUUUCAAUAUGAACACAAUAUGGAUUUUGAUAUGUAAAUAUUGCAUGUCCAGCUGGAUUCUGGCCUGCCAAAGAAGACAAUUAUAAAAGACAUAGAUAUUGCUUGUAUAUUAUGCAGUUGACUGCAUGUACACUUUAUUUAUAAUCUCUAUUCUAAUAAAGAAAAAAGUAUGAUUUUUGUUAACUAAGGCAAUGUAAUAUUUGAAGAAUCAGGGUCCAACCUGCCAAUGUUGCCGUGACAAACUUGAUCUCAGGCCGAGUACAUUGAGCUGUGUCAUUUUCUCACUGUUCUGUUAAGUUAAAAUUGCAGAUGAAUGCCAAGGAAGAGUUCAACCUUUGAAACUGUUAGAACCAUUUUAUGAUCUCUUUCCAUAGGAUGUAUUUCUGUAACUUAGUGUUAGGUUAUUUUCCUCUACAGUGUUUGCUCCAUUUAAAUGACUGUUCUGUUGCCUAAGGCAGAUAGCGGUGUGGGUUAUCGAGAACUUGUUGCUAUGGGUUUUGUGCAUGAAUUGCAUUUUUGCUCAACUAUACCUCUCCUUUUUUAACAUUAUACAUAGAUAGUAGUCAUUAGCUCUUACGUAAGGCUAUCCCUACACCCUCCGUCUUGGAGAACAGCUGUCACCUUGUAAGCUGACGUUAUCAACACCAUAAAUACUAAACUAUUAAUAUAGUGUACUCUAUUAUAGAAAUACUGCACCACAGGGUAUAAGCCUUUUAAUAAUUCAUGUUUGAGAUAGUGAUUUUCUAAAGGUGAUGAAUGUUCUAAGUUUGUAUUUCCAAAACUUGUUCAAGAGUGAAGUUGUCAAAGGCUCUUAGCAAAGAAGCGUACGGAAAAAAAAAAAAAAGGAUUGAAAUAACCACAUGAAGAUUUUUAACUAUUGUGAUAAAAAUAGAACCAAUAAUGUAAACAGAUGGACACUUUUUUGUAGCAUCUGUGUAACUUGGAAUGAAACACAGGUGCAGAAUUGUAGGCAGGUGUUUCCGUUUGUAAAGAUAACACAUGAAAUGUAAACAAAGCAACCAACCAAGAAGCAGAUGUUAAGUUGCUCAAUGAGAUAACUGUUUUCUAUUAUUUUAUUCUGGUUACAAUUUUAUAAAGCUUUUUAGCACACAGUUCUGCUGAGUUGUUACAAGAGACUACAGUGACGAAAGGGGAGAACUGAGGACUGAAUUUCCUAGUCUUUUGGAUCACAAAUCCUCUUCUUAGAAAGUGCCUAUUAUCAACUAAGAAAAAAGUCACAAAGAAUUGUGUUGUGCAUGGCUAAUCUCUUCAGUGAUCUGCAUUGAGAACAAAGUAACACAUUCGUUGUAGGAACUCAGGAGAAUUUUCCUUUGACUGAGAUUUAUUUGAUGAAGUUGGUGGGAAAGGCAUACUUUUCAAUUGGUGCAUGAAUACCAUUUAAGGUUGGAAGCAGGGGAGUUUAUGUUCGCAUCAAGUUGAAAAUUAACACUAGUAAUUUGUAUAUUAUUGGACCAUCUGUACAGACACAUUGACAACAUGCAAAUGAUGAGAGGGAGCUAUUUUGGCCUACUGUACUCAUUUUUAUGGGCUUUUCUAACUUUCCCUCAGUAACCCCAAACCAAAAGUCACCAGAUCUGAAAGACAAGUUACUGCAAUCAGACUGGAGUAGUGCAACACAGUAAUUUAUAGAAAAAACAGUUGCUAUUUUAGAAAUUUCUAUUAGAACUUGCUUACACGCCUACAAGAUGUGCCUCUCUAAUCCCCGAGUCUCAGAACAUGUGUUGUGUGCAUGGGUUCCUUAUUCCCUACUCGGUGCACGUAGCAUCCUUACCUUCAAUAGAAAUUUGUAGGGGAACAGGGCUCUAAAUUUUGCUACAAUGUCUACCUAUCACAGGUAACAGUAAACAGCCUUGCAACUGGAAUUGUGUCGUUUCCAUGGUGAGGAUGAUACCUUUAUCUUGACAUUUGACAUUUAUUGCAUUUCAGGAUAUUUUUCUAUUUGUUAAAGUCAGGUUUGGCUAAAGCUUUAAAAUGAGUGGAAAAAUAUGAUCAGAGUACAGCAGCUGUCAGUUUGGCCAUUUGCUUCAAGAAUUGUUGGUGUAAGGCUGUGGGAGAAUGACUGAAAUAGCAGGAAGAUGUGACGUUGCAAUCCAAGUCUUUGCAGGUUAGAGGUGCAGAUAUUUGCUGCAUUCUGACAUUCACUCUGAGUGUUUCCUAAUUGACCUGUUUUGAAUAUUUUCUUGUUCAUAUGCACGGGAAAGAAAUGCAAUGGUUUUGAGCCAUUCUAGCUGUCAAGAAGUGGGAGACCAUAUCAGGAGUUUAUUUAUGGUGCGGUUAUCCCAGUAUUCUAUUCCAGCCACCUCUCUGUGUGUGCAUGAUACGAUGUGGUGCUGAGUGCACUCUGCUGUUUCCAGCAGAAAUGCAUGUGUUCAGCAAACACUGUAUAUAGAGCAACUUCUUAGGUUCCCAGAGUCCAUAGUUCUUCACAGUAGGAUUUACUCACAUUUUAAUGGAGGGUGAACACUUGCUUUAAUACAUGCAAUAAUGUUACAGUCAUGUUCUGUGUUGCCACAACCAGGACAAAAAGCAAAUAGAAGCUCUUUACCACACAAUUGCAUGCUUUAUUCCUACACUGUAUAGAUGCUCCCAGUGCAUCCAGAAUAAAAUUUCUACUACUAUAUUUCUGAACAAUGUACUAAUAGGAAUCAAUGGCUAUGUACUUAAAAUCUGAACAUUUUCCAAAGUAACAUACAUGCCUUCAAUAUUUUCUAUGAUAAUAUGUAAGAUCAGAUGCUAUAUCCUGGACAGAUGGUUGUAACAUAAUAGCAAAAGCCAAAUAGAAAUGGAAAUGUGAGCUAUGCAUCAUAAGAAGCAAGUUUAUCAGUCUACAGCAGGAUGUUGUUGUACCAGAUGUGACCUAGAAGAGCUUAUGAUAAAAGGUGAAUAGUCACACAAAAGGCAGAUGACAAUAUCAAAAUAUCUCGUGUCCUGCAUUGACAUGAAUGGUGCUUAAAAUGGAUCAGGGAUAGUGGUCAACUAUAGAAUCAUCCUUCAUUGUUAAAACGGAAAAAAAAAUUGUAUUCUGCUACUGGGGACAAGCAACUAUAUAUAUGGAUCACUGGAAAGAGAAUUUGAAAAAUUGGCUUUAAGUUGCUCCUAGGACAGACUACUUAAUGUCCUCUUGCAGUAGUACCCUGCACUUAUGACCAGUAACUAAGUGUGACUUUGAAACUUGCCCUUAAUAGAGCCUGAAUGCAAAUCACAUUUUCCCUGAAAUUUGAGGACAUUUAAUUACUUAAAUGUAAGGAGAUUUGGUCCAUUUGACCUAAUAUUUUAAAUAACUGGAUCGUUUUUGAAAGGUUUUUAGAAAAUUCAUCUUCAAAGCAGUGACUGUGUUGAAGUGUGCAGUGGUUGAUACUUGCAAAAUUGUUUGUCUUAUUUCUGAUGAUUCUGCAGCUUUGUAUAAUUUAUGUCUUUUAAGAUAUUGUCUCUGCAUCUUUUUUCCAAAAUUUCACUCAUUUAAUGAGAAAAUGUGUUUAGAAUGCAGAUGUCACACAUGGAUAAUUUUAAAAUUUUGUAAUUAUGCGACUGCACUUUAACAUUUCAUUGUUAGAUUUGAAUAUUUCUCUUGUGUUCUUGAUAGAAAGGAGGAAAAAAAUAAUUUUCAAAGUAGUAAUUUAAUUAUUAUUUUCUUAUUUGAGUUGCAGAGAGACAGAAACCUCCCUCCACAGGUUCCCACCCCAAAUACCCCCAAUGGCCAGGGCUGGAGGCAGGAGCUGGGGGCUCAAUCCAGCUCCACCAUCUAAGUUAUGCAGACCCAGUCACUUGAGCCAUCUCUGCUCUGUCUUGGGAUCUGCACUGGCCGGAAGCUGGAGCCAGGAGACAGAAUCUGGGUAUCAGCCCUGGGCACCCCAGCGUGGGAUGUGGCACCUUAACUCUUGGCCAAAUACCUGCUCCCAAAAAGUAUCUUUUGAAGCACACCCUAGGAUAAAUAUCUGAACUCUGUCUUGGAUUCUGAAUCCAGCUUUGCCGCAAUCUAAUAGUGUGAUUGUGGACAGGUUAACUCUUAAUUUUGCCUAAUGCUUUGAUUUCCCCCUCCAAUGGAUAGUAAAACAAAAAUAAGAUCUGAUCCCUUCUUGUAGCAAGAUGUUCUCGAGUUAUUGGAAAAAUCAUUUUUCGUUCACAUGAAGACCACAUCAAGACAAACCGCCUUUUUCUUUUUUUCCUUUCACGGAUUGUUAAGCCACAAAGUGUUCUCUAUCUAAAUAUUGUUAGGAUUUAGGAGGGAUUUCUCUGGUCAGAAAUUGGUGAUGAGAGGCACAGGUUGCUAAAUAAUUAUUAAUGUCAUGUAAACAAAAGAUUUACUAAUUAUCUAGGAAUUUAGAAUCAAAUAAACAUGGAAAGAAUGAAAGUCCUUUGAGGGAAAAAAAAAGCAGACAUGGGCAAAUUUCAUGAGUCUUCUUUUUCUACUUUAUCAUUCUGCUCAGCUGUCAUUCUCAAUUUUGUGUAAAAAAAGUGUGCAUGUCGGUAGGUACUCAAGAUAUAGAGUAGUCCAUCUUUCAAGUUUUUAUACAAAAGAAUCACGGCUCACUCAAGAUUUCUGUGAUUCCACAAGGGCAAAUAUUUUUAGAACAAAAAUCUCAACUAUGAAAAAAUUUCUGUUGACCAGUGUAUUUCUCAAUGUCUGAGGGUACUUCGAAAUGUUAAUGGAAAAAUGGAUUUAAAAGAUACGCUUACUUUAGUGAAAAAAAAAAAUAGUUGAGAUCCAUGCAUGCCUUUUUCAGAAUACACAUUUUCCGUGAACGUUUUGAAGAAGGCUUCUGUGCAUGGAUUUUAAAACUUUUGGAACCAAAUUCAGCUAAUCUUUUAAUGCCAUUUUCCACGAACUUUUUGAAGUAUCAGUUAUCUUGAACUGAAAAGAAAUAGGCUAAAAAAAUAAAAAUCUUUUGAAAAAUCCAGUAAGGUUUUUGCGUUCUAAGUGACAACGUUUUAACUUAAAGUUAGAUGAAAAUAUUGGUAAUACAAGGAUGUCACUUACAAAACAUGAACAUUUUGAGUAUUGAAAAUGGGACGUAUUUUGUUAAUUCUGCAGACAUCCUGCUGUCUGUAGGGCUGCACUCCACAGUGACUGCCUUGACUGUGCCCCUCUGCAUAGAGAAAACAAGAGCCCAGGGAAAGAAAGGGGCAAAGUGCAUGCACAGGACGGAAUAUUUCCAUUUGCAUCACUCAUUGAGUUUUUCUAAUCUAUUCAGCAAACCACAAGUUAAAAGCUGUUAUUAUAAAUUAGGAAUUAGAUAUUUUUUGAAACUGGACACAGUUUCCCAAAUUGAAGAAGGAUUAGUUGUAAAUGGCUUCUAUUUCUGAGAAGGGAAGUUAAAGGAGGUUGAAGGAGAUUGGUCAUCAGUGACCCUUGCUUUUUAGAUCCACUGUGAUCCUUUCUACUUACUUGCUAAGUGCUUGGUAACAUUUAUAUUUUAAUCUCCCAUGAUGAGUCCCUGACAUUCUAACUCAUGACUGCCCUACAUAUGUAUUCUACACAUAUGUAAAUAAAUAUGUUCAAUCAAUUUGUUCUCAGUGUAAACUUUGUAUUUAUAGCAUAAACGUUGUUAGCAGCUUGCAUAACAAAACUCUGGUGACUAUGGGGUGACUUUUUUUAGAAUUUCUGUAUGCAUAGUUCUUUCUCAUAGUGCGUAUUUUCCAUGAGCACUUUGAUUUUUAUUUAUUUAUUUUCAUUCUGUUUCAAAGGCAAAGAGACAAAACAGAAACAGAGACAGAAAGACAGAUAGGAUUCUUCUAUCUGGUUCACUCCCCAAAUGUCCACAAAGGCCAGGGCUGGGCCAGAUGAAAUCCAGGAACCUAGAACUUAAUCCUUGUCUCCCACAGGGGUAAGAGGGAUCCCAGUGUCUGAACCUCACUGCUGCCUCCCAGUGUGUGCAUUAGUAGGAGUAUAUAAUGGGAAGUUGGCCUAGGACUUGAACCCAGGCAUUCUGAUGUGGUUUGUGGCAUCCCAAUUGGUGUCUUAACUGCUGCACUAAUCUCUUGUCCCUAAUUAGAGUCUGCAAAGAUCAACAUGACAUUACAGGAAAUCUUCAUCUUACUUUAGCCCAGGAAAGCAAACCAAGAGAUGAUGUUCAUGGGGUGGUCAGAUCAGAAUGAAAGCAAAUAUUCAGGUGCUAAAUAGGUUCAUAAUACCAAACCACCUGGACUCAAGGGUUUAAACCAGGAUUUGCAUUUCCAUGAUUGGAACAAAUCUGCAGAGAGAGACACAGUGGAGGUUCAAUUUAGAUGCAUGUAGAUUGAAUCUCCAUGCCAUUGGUGAUUUGCUGAUGCAAUCAUGUCAACUCUGGCGAGUUUAUGGAUAACUGUUAGAAAUGGUUUUACUUCAGUUUUACAAUGCUUUACAUCACUUUUAUGGACUGUAGUGCAUUAAGAUGGAUCUUCAACAUGUUUGUGGAAAAUACGUAUUUUGAAAAACUAUGCAUGGAUCUGAACUUUUUUUGCACCAAAAUGAAUUUAUCUUUUAAUUCCCUUUUUCCAAGAAUUUUUUUCAAGUCCCCUCAUUUGUGCCACCUCCUGAGUGAGAAAGAUUGGCUAAGUCUGUAUCUGCCACUAGUUGUAAAAAAAAAACACAACUUAAAAGUACAAAUGGAGUCACAACAACAGGGGCAUUCAAACAGAAACUAAACCAUAGCACCCACGUUUCUUUAGUUAUAGCGUAUUUUCCCAGUAGCACAGUACCAGUCAAAAUAAAAGGACAAAUUCAGAUGCAUUUUGCAAGUAUCACUGCCUAAUUAUUAAAUAAUAGGAAUUACUAGAUUUAAUGCCAUCAUAGGACUUGGACAAGAACUAAAUUCAAAGAUACCUCUAUAACAUGCAUUCUCCCUUAGUAUAUUGGGUUUUUUAUCCUGAAGCAAAGGAGUUCUUAGGGGAGACAUUUCUAGUCCCCAUAAUUCAACUGCUAAGUAAUGCGUUUUUAACAGUGAAGCUACAGAAUCACCAUUGUUCAAGGAGAUCCGUGUUCAAGUUUUCCAUACCUCUUUGCUGUGAACUUUAGAUCUCCAACAAAAUACAUUUCUCACAUUUUAUUUUCACAGAUUCAAUACCUACAAGUUCCAUAUUAAUUGAUAUUUGUAUUCCUUCUUUUGGACAUUUGCCAUUUUAUUUCUCUGCAAAAACAUUUACUAAUUUUCACCAAGUUUAUGGUUUCUUCUGUCCCAAUGGUAUUAUCCAACUUUUCCUACAUCAAGUAUUUCCAAAACUAGAUGCUAAAAAUGAUGACUGCCAUUAUCUCUCUUCUUGAAAAUAGGAGUUACUCAAUAUAGUUAACAUAUUAAAAUUGAUGGACUUUUCUGAUAUUAGAAUAAAAUGCUUACUUUGAAUUUCAGUUGCUUAAUUUUCCAUUCUUGAAACUUUUGUCCUCAAAACACUUACAAAAAAGAUUUCAAAAAUAAAAUUUCUCCCCUGUUAGUCUGUUUCUAACUUGGAAACGAAGGCAGAAAAUGGGUGAAAUUUGUGGAGGUAAACACUAACCAAAUUCUGAAUUGUAUCUUCAAUCUGUUUCCAUGAUAAAGGAGUUUAAUUUAAAAUUCCCGUAAUUAAAAUUACAUGAUAAAAUUUCCAAAGACUACAGUGACAAUCAGUUUGGAACCAUAAAGUAUAUGAAGAUGAAAAAUACUAAGAAAACUAACAUCCUUUAUUAACAAAGUAAUGAACUGAAUGAUGAUGCCUAGUUAUAUCCAGCAAAUCCACAUAUUAACCAUUGUCCAUGUUAACUAUUAUUGAUAAGUUUUCUCUUCAUGCAUUUUAGGCAGACUGGUUUUCAGCCAUCUGGUGAAAGCAAAAAAAUACCCUUACCCAAGGUCGGAGGCUGCUGCAAUUGUACUGAGCCUUCCCACUGUGUCAUUAUGUCCUCCACCUCUCAAAAUGCUUGCAAACACACACAACCAAGGAGUCACCCCCUUUUACAUUAUGUAAGGCAGCUAGCUUUUUCAUUUUAUGCAGCACUUAAAUAUGUUAAAUUGCAUGCUGGCAUUUGGGAGUAUUUGAGAAAUUAUUUCAGCAUGGAGAGAGUUGGCGAAUGUGUAGGUUGAUACCCCAGUUCAGGCGGUGCUGAAUUUGUCAUUGGCCCUGAGUUUGUUGAAAGCUGAAUCAUGUCUAUAGUGACGAGGGAUACAAACUAGCAUUCUUUGAUGUCUGUUAUGCUCUGGAUGUUAUGAGACUAUCGAUCUGUUUUCUGUCUCGAAACUUCCUCUUUUUUAAAAUGAAAACUGUGUGUUUGUGAGCUCUCUGAGGAUCAGGACUGCGGAGCAUCUGGGACGGGAAUUAGGAAGAUGCUGAGAGCUAGGGAUGAGAGAAUGUUGAGGCAAACUUCUCUCUUUCCACUUAGUCUGAGAAGUCAAAUAAUGUAAUUAAGGUAUUUAUUAUGUUCACUGUGUCAUUUACUUAGAUGAUCACAUUUACUUCUUGCUAGAACCUUGUGAAGGAGUAUGUGAUAGAACUUGUCCAGGGUGGCUCAACUAAGUUGCAAUUCUAACACAGACAGUCACACCUUAGAGAGAAACCUUCCUUGUAUCCAAGUAGGAUAGUGAUGCUUGGAAGACUGUUUAGUCCAGUCCCAAAUACUAAGUCUUUUUAGACCUAUACUUUUACACCUGCUUAAAUCAAGAUAUUAAAAAAUAUGCUUUGUAAUGUAAAGGUGUGAUUUCCCAUGGGAGGUCGGAGUGAAUGGCAGAAGUUGAAAUCAUACAUGUAAAGCAAAAGAGGCCCUGUCCCCAAAGUGACGUUUUCCUGACCUCUCCCAACAGUUGAUAGGCAUCAGUGGAGACCAAUGGGCAAACGUGGUUAUAAGGAAGAAGCAGUGUUGAUAUAUGGUCACUUACCAUCAACAUUCCCAUCCCAGCUGAAUUUUAACCUAAAAAGGUAAUGAAUGGUACUUAAGCAAAACAAGUGAGGUUUAUGGAUUUUUCCUAUAAUUUCUUUUUAUUUUUAACACUGGAAUUUAGAUGAGACUCCAGAAAAACUUUUAAAAAAAUGUUCUGAUCCACUGAGUUUUAAGUAAUUGUUCAGAUAUUUUUAUUGAUUGCACUAAUGUUGUCUUUUUGGCCAAACUGCUCUUAAGUGUAUUAUCCAAAUGAACUAUUUCGGCUUAGAACGGCAACAUUUAAUGAGCUUGUGGUCUGUUUAUUUAUUUCAGGGAGAUUUAAUAAUGUUUUCUAAUGAGAAAUUGCUAAUUUUUACAAUGUGAUUAAUUUGUUCUACCCUUUGAGAAUUUUAAAGCGUAUGUCUUUAGAUGAAGAGGAAAAACAGGAUACUACUCUGGGAACCUCACUUUGAUCUUAACAGGGCCAGAGGUAGCUGGGAAUAGGAGUGCCCUACUUAUUUGAUAACUGGGAAGGACCCCAGCUGAUGCCAUCCUAGCCUUUUUCUAGUGAGUUCUCUUCCAUCCCUGUUUAUUAACACAACUGUUGCACUAUUAUUUAAAGGAUGUCUUAGCAUGAGCUGUUUGUAGAGGCAUUUGGUCACAGAACAAUUAACUAAAAGGUGCAAUGGUAGGCCAGAGUUCUAAAGGAGGAAAAGAGAGACAGGGCAGGGGUUAGCCCUGGCUUCCUCUUAGUGGUUUUUCUAUGCAGUGCCUAUUAAAAUAGUUUUAUUUUGUUUGUUUGCUUAUGAUAUCACAUUUGCAGGACCAUUGCUUAGGUUUCAACGAAACUUUAGGAAACAGCUUUAAAAUUCAUCAGAUGUUGGAACCCUUCCUUCCUCUCUCCCACCUCCCUUCCUUCUUUCCUUCCUCACUUCAAACCUUUCUUUCCUUCUUUCUCCUCUCUCUUUCUCUCUCUCUCUCUCUCUCCUUCAAUAAAUGAGUCAGUGAGUUCAGAACUCUUGUUCAGACCUGGAAGUGCAGGACACUAAGCACUCCACUGGUUGAGCCGCACGUGGAUGCAGUAAAAGCAAAAGGAUCUACUGUUGCACGACUAGAGCAGUUAAGAUCAAAAUAACCACUAUGUGCCUGAACAAACCAAAUUGAGGAUUUAUAAUAACUAAUUUAAGUUCUUCAGUGUCAAUUAUUGUAUUCUCAUGCUCAGUCACAUCUUUGACAACAUAAAAUUUAAUUUCUUCCUUCCCUAGUCUUGACUGAGUAACAGUAGUUGGGCUUUAUGACUAAAACAACAUUAAGAUAAUAUGUGGUGGCUGACAUAGCAGGUUAAGCCACAGCCUGUGAUGCCGGCAUCCCAUAUGGGCGCUGGUUCCAGACCUGGCUGUUCCAGUUCCAAUCCAUCUCCUUGCUAAUGGCCUGGGAAAUCAGCAGAAGAUGGCCCAAGUGCUUGGGCCCCUGUACCCACAUGGGAGACCCAGAGGAAAUUCUGGGCGUCUGGUUUUGGCCUGGCAUAGCCCUGUCCAUUGCAGCCGGUUGGGGAAUGAACUGGUGGAUGGAAGAUUUCUUUCUCUCUCUCUCUGUAACUCUGCCUUUCAAAUAAAUAAAUCUUUAAAAAUAAAAGAUAACAUUUGAUCACACAGCUCUAGGUGUCAUUUGCUCUUCAACUUUUCCAACCAUCGUACGAUGGAAGAUUCCUAAUGAGGCCAAGACUGAGCAGUCAGGAAAAAGAGCUGGCUUGCAAAUUAUGCAAAUCACAAUAAAGAUUCAUCUUUAAUUCCUUGCCCAAGAAAGUCUGACAGACCUGACUUCAAUAUUGGUUUAUUAUGUCACAGCCAUGAAUUUUCAA